AUGGCAAAUGCGGUGAGGAAAGUUGUGAGAUGGCCGAAAGUUCUGCUCUUUGGUGAUUCAAUCACUCAGUUUAGUUUCAGCGUGGACGGAUGUUGGGGGUCGUUGUUGUCUGACUAUUUGCAGAGGCGUUGUGAUGUACUCAAUCGGGGUUUCUCGGGCUACAACACUCGCUGGUGUAAGUAUGUCCUUCCUCAAGUACUGGAUGAAACACUAGCCAAAGAAACUGUGGCACUAGUCAUAUUUUUGGGAGCCAAUGACUCCUGCUGGCAUGAACUCAAUCCCAGGCAACACGUUCCAUUGGACGAAUAUAAACUUAAUCUCAGAGAGAUGAUCGAGUUUUCAUUGUCGCAAGGUAUCAGUAGGGAAAAGAUUGUUUUAAUAACUCCGCCAGCAUUUGAUGCGCCUGCUUGGGGUGAGCAGUGUCUAUUGAAAGGCAGAGCGCUGAGUAAGGACAACAAAGUCACCAGUGUCUACGCAGAAACUUGUUAUAAUCUAGCGGUGGAGAUGGGGACCGAGUGUGUGGACCUGUAUUCUGAGAUGAUGAAGUCUGAGGAAUACGCCAGCUACCUUUGUGAUGGCCUUCACCUGUCCCAGCGUGGAUCUAAACUGUUGUUUGACCUGCUGCGACCAAUCAUUGAGAAGCUCACGGCUCAACUUCCUGCUGCCUGGUUUCCAUUUUGGGAUGAGAUUGACGUCAAUAAUGUGGAAAAGUCUUUACUCGGCUCGUAA